GAGUGCAACAAUGUAGAGUUCCCAGACCUCCAGGUUUAUAAACUACAGACUCAGCCUCCAUCAGCAGCCUGCAGGAUGAGCAGCAGCCCCGCGUCAUCACGUGACGUGGGGCAGGAAGCGUUAGUUGACGGUAGUGACGGUACCGUUCAUGCCACCACGGGGCAGGAGUUUGGACGGUUAGGACCAGAGCAUGUUUGGGACUGUGCUCCUGCUUCUGGUCACUCUGUGUGCCCAGGGAGGAAAUGGCGAGGAGAGAACGGAGGCACAGAGACCCGGCCAUGUUUCGGUGGUGAUAGUGGGAGGAACAGGUGACCUGGCGAAGAAGUACCUGUGGCAGGGCUUCUUCGAGCUGUACGUUAACCAGGUCAGUAGUGGAAACACAUUCUCCUUCCACGCCGGAGGACUGUCACCUGCCGACCAGGCCACACCGGUCUUCUUUGAGAUCCUAAAGGCGGUGUCCUGCUCAAAGGAUGCAUCACAGGAGCGCUGCGCUCUGCUGAGAGAGCAGUUCCUGCGGCUCGCACAGUAUCGGCAGCUGAAGACCCUAGAGGACUACCAGGAGCUGGCCAAGCACAUUGAGCGAGAGCUUCAACAAGAGGGAAUAGCGGAGGCAGGGAGGCUCUUCUACCUCUCAGUACCAGCAUUUGCUUAUGCAGAUAUUGCUGAUAAGAUAAAUAAUGCUUGCAGGCCGACCGGCGGGGCGUGGCUGAGGGUGGUGCUAGAGAAACCUUUCGGACAUGACUACAGGAGUGCUCAGGUACUUGCAACUCAGCUCGGGAGCUCCUUGAAGGAUGAAGAGAUGUACAGAAUCGACCAUUACCUGGGGAAACAGGUGGUUGCAAAGAUACUUCCAUUCAGAAUAGAGAACAAGAAGUUUCUAGAUCCCAUCUGGAACAAGCACCACAUCGACAGAGUGGAGAUCAUAAUGAAAGAGACCCUCGAUGUUAAAGGUCGUAUUCCCUUCUAUGACCAAUACGGGGUGAUCAGAGAUGUGCUACAGAACCACCUGACUGAGGUCAUGACCCUGUUGACCACGAGGCUUCCCAUGAAUCUGAGCAGCAGCGAAGAAAUCCUACAAAACAAGCUGCAGAUCUUCCGUUCUCUGCUGCCUUUAGGAAAAGAUCAAGCUGUGGUCGGCCAGUACCAAGCAUACAAAACAGCAGUUCAGCAGGAGAUGAAUAACACAAAACAUCAUGUCAGUUUCACGCCAACAUUUGCAGCUGUGUUGGCCCACAUCGAUGACGCCCAGUAUGAAGGUGUGCCAAUUCUUCUGAUCUCAGGGAAGAUGUUAGAUGAACGGGUGGGAUAUGCACGCAUACUUUUCAAGAAUGACAUCUUUUGUCUUCAGAACCACAACAGCGUUCACUGCAAGCCCAAACAGAUAGUGUUCUACUUUGGGCAUGGCAGCCUUCAAUAUCCAGCAAUUCUUGUGAGUAAGAAUUUAUUCAGGCCGGUUUUAAAGGAAGGUGAGUGGAAGGAAGUGACGGAGCACAAAGAUGUCAAUAUUUUAGGUUUACCUAUUUCAGACUAUUAUGUGCAAACUCCAACAGAGCAGAAGGAAGCCUACUCAGAACUUAUUUCUCACAUUUUUGCUGGACGUAAGAAUAGUUUCAUUAGUGCUGAAAACCUGCUGGCUUCCUGGGGCUUAUGGACACCACUGCUCAGUAGCCUAGCCAGCACUUUACCCCGCAUUUACCCCGGGGGUGCCGACAACGGAGACAUGCUGGACGUCCAUGUGGAAGGGAAAAACAUUGGCUACAACAGCGAGGUGGUGAUAAUCAGCCCCGAUCAGAUGGGUGGCAUGUCAGCAAACGGUUUCCAGGUGACGCAGGGCAAAUUUCGUAGUGCUGACAUGGUGUCGGCCUGGGCUGAGGAGCUGGUGGAGAGGCUCGCUGCAGACAUUCAGGAAGCGGCAGAGGCAGCGGUGCGCGAGGGUGGUGUUUUCCAUCUCGCCCUCUCUGGUGGGUCCUCUCCCCUCGCUCUGUUCCACAGGUUGGCUCUGCACCACUUCUCCUUCCCCUGGAGGGACACCCAUGUGUGGAUGGUGGACGAGCGAUGUGUGCCGCUGACCGAACCGGAGUCGAACUUCCACAACCUGCACGACCAUCUGCUGCAACACGUGAGGAUCCCCUAUUACAACAUCCACCCCAUGCCAGUGCAGCUCAACCAGCGUCUAUGUGUGGAGGAGGACGGAGGAGCGCUGCUGUACGAGAACGAUCUCAGCAAGUUAGUCAACGGCUCCAGCUUCCACUUUGUACUGUUGGGAGUCGGCUACGACAGCCACACAGCCUCUCUGUUCCCUGGCAGUAAAGCGGGUGAACUUGGGGAGCGUCUGGUGGCCCUCACCGAGAGCCCCGUCAAGCCUCACCAACGCAUGAGCCUCACUUUCAGUGCCAUUAACCGAGCUCGCACGGUUGCUCUUUUAGUGAUGGGCAAAGGCAAGCAUGAACUGAUCACCCAGCUGAGCCGAGUGAAGGACAACCCAGACAAGUGGCCUGUCACCGGGGUGAAUCCUGCCGACGGCAGACUCGUUUGGUAUAUAGACUAUGAUGCACUUUUAGGAUAGGAAUUACAUUCCUAACUUUCAAUCAGACACAUGUUUGUUGGAGCUGCUUUAAUUGGACAGUGUGUGUGAAAUGCAAAUGCAGACUUUUUAUGGUUUAUCGAAGCCCAAUCAUGUGUGAGAUUAGUGGAAAUCUAGACAAAUACAAGUAUACGUGUCUGUAGUUUACAAAGUACAGGGUAUGUAGCACUAUAUGCAUAUCUGAUGUCGUAAACAUCUGGUGCCAAAAACAAAUUCCAACAAACAGAAAAACAUAUUUACUUAUAAUCUAAGUGCUUGUUUGAUCUAGGGCCGUCCCGAAUACCAUUUUUUAGGCUUCGAAGCUUCAGUUAGAAAUAUUCGAAGGUAGUCAAAGCUUCGCGGCACAACGCUGUUCUUCUGUCUGUCUGUAGAUGUGGAUUUAUACUUUAUUAUUACAUACUUACAUAUAAAUAAAAAAAAUAAAUGAAGCAUUCAAAUACUGAUUUGGAAGCAUUCGGGUCAGCCCUAGUAUGAUCUCAGGUGAUUUUGUGAACUUGCAGAUAGGCUGUUCACUGUGUAAUCUACACUUCUUGAUUGUAUGUUUUUAUAUUUUUGAGAGGCAGUCACCCACUUAAAAUGUCAUCGGUGAGUUAAUAAAGAGUGAGUGUGACUGGUCCCAUUAAUAAUAUAUUGUCUUUGUAUGUUAAUAACAGAAAUACAAACGUUUGUUAUUGAAAUGUAUCAGGUAAUUCAAGAUAUUUGGUGCUUCACUAAUAAAAAAUUAAAAAAAGCACAUUCCUGACCCAUUCACAUUCCACUUAGAAAAUUCAGUACCGGUGGUCUUUAGGUGCUUUUUAUACAUGGAGUCCAAACAGGAGCAGCUUUAUUUCAAUCAAUAGGUUGAUUUAUAAUCCUCUGAAUUAAAGUGCUACUGAGUUUCA